AUGGGCUGGUUCUGGGGUGAUAACAAGAACGACCCGGUCAAAAAACUGGAACCGGGGCUACGUGAAUACCUUGAGCAGGAGACUCCCGACAAAUACGUGCCCGCAAACGAUGCGAAGAAGCCAUCUACGCCCGCGCACACAAGUCAACCCCAGGAGCAAGCCGAUGCAUCGAAGCCUACCGUCCCAGCGGCCUCACUCUAUCAGGAUGGUCGCUACGCGGACCUUUGGAAGACCUAUAAGCCGCCGACCAAUCUCGAUGGGUAUUCCGAUGCUCGCGGAGCGGAACGAGUGAUUGAGCAUCACAAGGAGCGCGGCGACACCGUGCAGCGGGCGGCGAUGGAAAAUUGUGCGCUGGAACAUGAAGCCUUGACGUACUGUUUCAAGACUGGGAACUGGCGCAAGCAGCUGGAGUCUCGGUUGACCAUGUGCGCGGCUGAGAAUGGGGUCUUCUCCCGAUGCUUCACAACUCAGAGCGUCAGUCUUCCACCAUGUCUACGAUUGCCCCCCCAUGGAACUAUACUAACCAUCGAACAGAAAUUCCUACAGGCCCUCGGCUACGCUUCAUCCUUCGACUAUGACCCUGUCAGGGAGGAACGCAUCCAGAUGCAUGCCGACAAGCUUUACCAUCAGAUGCUGGACUACGAAAAGCGAGUGGAGGAGGCCAAGGCUGCCGGGACUGAGAUCCCACCCGUCACAUCCCUCUUCCAUCCUGAGAAGGGACCACAGGCGCCGUCGCAGGAUCCAGUACCAGAGGGCGGCAAGGCCAAGGUUGUCAUUCCCGGAGACGAGCCUGUCCCUGAAGGUUUCAAGCCAUCCAAGCCGCUGUGGCAACUCACGCCACACGAAAGAGAGUUAGAAAUUCGAUCCCACAAUGCCCAAUUGGAGCAGCAGAAGCUGUAUUUCGAGGAGGCCAGUCCGUUCGUGAAGGCUCAGGAAGAUACUCGGACAAAGCGGCAGGAAAAGGCCGUGAGUUGGUUUGGCGAGACAAUUGGCAAAUGGGUCUCAUGA